AUGGUUGAAGCACAACUAAUAACUGAAGAGGUGCUUCAAAUAUUUGAUUCUAUUCAAGUAGAAAGACAAAGCAUUUUAGAGAUUGACAACGAACAAGCUUUGGGUAUUCAAGUCUUAGAGAGUGCACCGGUAAUUGAAGAAGUUGCUGAAAAAAACUCGACUCAACUAACUAGAAGAAGAUCAAAUUUGAAACAAAAAGAAUACCCAACUAUGAUAUUAAGAGAAAAUGCUUUGUUGGAUAAAAUAAAAGUGGGGUUAGUAUUUGACAAAAAGAAGAGUAUAAUUAACUGUUUUUCGAAUACAACAAUUAAAGGACAUUUUGAAUUCAAGGUUGUUAGAUCAAGAUCAAAAAGAUAUUCAUUGAAAUGCAAUGAUGAUAGGUGUGGUUGGUGUGUGCGUGCUUUCAGAAUUAAAGAUUCAACACUUUUCAAGAUAGUAAAGAUUGAGAAAAAGCAUGACUGCUCUGUUAACACUAUGAAAGCUGAUCAAAGGCAUGCAACUUCAAAGUUGAUUUGUGGUUACAUUAUCGACAAUCUUCGAGACCCAAAGUUUGAAGUUACACCAACUUUUGUCGUGGCAGAGAUGCAAAAAUUGUUUCUUUAUAUGUUUUAUGCAUAUGGAUCAUCAAUAUCUGGUUGGAAUCAUUGUAGACCAGUGAUUGCUAUUGAUGCAACUUUUUUGAAGUCAAAAUUUCGUGGUGUUUUAAUGAUUUCAGUUUCAAAGAAUGCAAAUAAUCAAAUUUUCCCACUAGCCUUUGGAAUAGCAGAAUCUGAAAAUAACAAUUCCUAUAGUGGUACUUUAGCCAGCUUCGCAAUGCAAUUGGGAGUCAACCUGAAGCGAAGGAAGGUGAAAAGUGAGGUCAUAAAACUUUUCCAAAGUGCUGCAAGAGUAUACAGGCGCAAUGAAUUUGAUCUAUACAUGUCAGAUAUAGCAAAAGUAGAUAAGAAGACUUAUGACUACUUGAUGGAAGAACCACCGGAAAGGUGGGCACGUUCUUGUAGUCCACGACGAAGAUAUGACAUGCUCACAACAAACAUAGUUGAGUCAACGAAUUCUGUACUAUUAGAAGCAAGGGAGCUGCCGAUAUUAAGAAUGAUGGAAUUCAUUCCAAGUGAAGCUACAACGUUGGUUUUAUGA